AUGGUCGGACCGCGCCCACUCCUCGUGCUUCUAUCUGGCGCCUCUCUAUGGGUGUUGUCCAGCCAUGGGGCGCCUGCGAACGGGAUGCACGUCACCCGAGGCGGGGACAUGCCACCAGCGGAGGUCCAGGUUGCUGGCGGACCUCUUUCCGGGCAUCACACCGCACUUGGGUCUAAGGGCCAAGACGCCAGUGUCCGAUAUCAGGUAGACAGUGUCUCUCCGAGCUCUGAAGCCGCGGCUGAAGACGGGCUUUGGGAAGGCGACGGACUCUCGAGGAGAGCCACGGGCAGGAAGUCCGGAUCCUUCUUCAGCCGUUUCAAGCGCCCCUUUGGUAGGCGGCCCUCCACCAGGCGGCCCUCCACCAGGCGGCCCUCUAGCGGACGGCCCUUUUCCGGACGGCCUUUUACAAGACGCCCCGCGUCAUCCCAAACGGCCGCCGGGGACUCUCGUUCCGGGGGUCUUCCUGCGGAGCAGCCGAUGGCUGACGAGACCGCCCUUGAUGAGACCGCGGCCGACGAGACCGCCGUCGACGGGACCGCCGCCGACGGAAAUGCCGCCGACGGGACUGCUGCCGACGGCUUCACGGGCGAAGAGGGUUCAGGCGUUGAGGGGUCUGCUGGUGAGACGACUGCAGACGGGUCUUCCGUAGACGAGGCCCAAGUCCAGAAGCGAUCCGCCGCCAAAGGCUCUACAAAGAAGGUGUCCGCCAGCGCGACCACUGUCGAUGAGACCUCUACCGGCGCGACAACUGCUGAUGAGACCUCGACCGGCGCGACCACCACCGACGAGACCUCUACCGGCGCGACUACCGCUGAUGAGACCUCUACCGGCGCGACCACCACCGACGAGACCUCUACCGGCGCGACAACUGCUGAUGAGACCUCGACCGGCGCGACCACCACCGACGAGACCUCUACCGGCGCGACUACCGCUGAUGAGACCUCUACCGGCGCGACCACCACCGACGAGACCUCUACCGGCGCGACUACCGCUGAUGAGACCUCUACCGGCGCGACCACCACCGACGAGACCUCUACCGGCGCGACCACUGCUGAUGAGACCUCUACCGGCGCGACCACUGCUGAUGAGACCACCGCUGACGAGACCUCUACCAGUGGGGCAUCUUCCAGAAAGACCUCCGCGAGCAAAACCGCUUCUAAGAAGACCACCUCAAAGAAGACUGCUGCCAAGGAGGCCGCUGCUGACGAUACUGCCGCGGGGUCCGUAUAG